AUGGCUGCCUACGGACGACGUGUCGUUUAUUUUUCAACAAUAUUGUUUGUUCUGUUUUAUGCACAAACAAAUGUACAGGGUCUGCCACCGUUUCCAAAGGGGGAUACCGUAAACAAUUUUCAUGGUCUGAAGAAUGGAAAUCCAGACGACGUGUCAGAAUUACACAAGUUUCCCCAGAAAUCGAAAGAUCAUUUUGCAGGAAAAAAUAAUUUCCAUCCAAAUAAUAAAAUUCCGAGAUUCUAUGCACCGCCAGGUGAAAACAAAUUAGGAAUUAAUAAUAAACCAGUCGACCAUCUCGGACAGCAGCCCCAGUUUCGCAGCCCUAAGCCAAUUAAAAUAGCAGAUUCACCAGAAUGUGCGGAGGACGUCCAGCGAUUCUGCAGUCGAGGGAUACGGGGAAAUAACUUUGCAAUUCUGAACUGCUUGCAAAGUGAUCUGAAGACUGAUGAGGAACUGAAUGUGCAGUGUCAUCACUUUCUGUGGUCAUAUAAAAUGAACUUAACGAAAGACAUACGGUUUGAAUCUGCAUCAAGAGAAGUGUGUAAACAGGAUUUGAUCCAGAUAUCAGAGUGCACAAAUCUUGAAAAGGGCCAAGUUAUACCGUGCCUCAUAGAGAACUUUGAAAAUGUCACAAACAAGAAUUGCCAACAGUUUCUUCACAAAAUGGCACCCAUUGUGUUCAGCGACUACAGACUUGUGUAUAACUUCCUUACGAAUUGUCACACUGACAUCGGUCGAACGCAGUGUGGUAGAUUAGACAGUGAUAUGGAGGCAGCCCAUUCUCAGGGCAGCACUCUGCAGUGCCUGGCCGACAAGAUGAGGUCUUUGUCGAACCAGUGCAAGCUGCAGGUUCUGCGUGUGUACGAGCUCCAAUCUGACGAUUACCACAUGGACCGACCGCUGUACUACGCCUGUCGUGACGACCGCGAGAGGUUGUGUCAGGCAACAACCUCGGGAAACGGAAAAAUCUUCGAAUGUUUGUUUAAACACAUUGCUGAUAAAUUAAUGUCAUCACAGUGUCGAGAGAAGCUUGAGCUUCGUCAGCGCCUGAUUGCUGAAGAUGUGAAGGUGGACAAAAGUUUCUUCAUGACGUGCAGGGAGGACAUUAUGAAGUACCACUGUCUCGAGGGCGCUGACCACCAUGAGGACACUCGCAGAGCGACUGUGCUACUCUGUCUCGAGGAUAAAGUCAAAAAUGAUCAGCCUGUUGAUGGUGAGUGUCUGGGAGAGAUGCGUGAACUUCGCCGCACCAUCAUGGAGGACUACAACGUGAGCCCAGACAUCGUUGCGAAGUGUGGUCAUGACAUUGAGUCGUACUGCGCUAAAGUGAAUCCAGGGGACAGCACCUUGCACUGCCUCAUGUCUCACGCCCGCAGUGGGGAACUCAGCAGUGAAUGUAGAGCUCAGCUGGAGGCUCUAUUGAAGGAAGCCGAUGUAGAUCAGGAUUUCACAAUUGAUCGCACUCUGCAGAAAGCCUGUCAGGAUGUGGUAGGCUCCCUGUGUGGGCACAUCCACCCUGGAGAUUCCAGGAUCAUCAACUGUUUGAUGGAGAACUUGGACAACGAUGAUAUGACUGACAGGUGUGAAAAGCACCUGCUGAACAUCCAGUUUUUCUUCAUGAGAGACUUCAAAUUAGAUCACCAUCUGUACAAAAGUUGCCGAAAAGAUGCCAGAAAGCUUUGUAGCGCUGGAGAAAACUGGCAUCAGCUUAAUGACCACACUCCAGAACAGGGACCGUUAGUGUUUGCUUGUCUGCAUCACCACAUCAAACGUACCGGUGGCAACAAACAGAAUUCGGUGUCUCGGGCCUGCAAACAGGAAGUGCGUCGGGUGAUGAAAGCACGCGCCAAAGAUGUUAAACUGAACUUUGAAAUCCAGGAGUUAUGUCAUAGUGAUUUGGCAGUACAUUGUUCCGAUGAUAAAAGUGACUUUGAGAAAGGAGGGGAGUUGGAGUGCUUGCAGACAGUGUAUGAUGAGCUUCAGCCGGCCUGUAAGAAGCUGAUCGCCAACAUCACUGAGGAGGAGGACGAAGACUUGGAGCUGGACAACAUUCUCAUGAAGGCCUGCACGCCGAUGAUCAAGAAAUUCUGUAAUGAUCUGCUGGACCAGGAUGCUGACCCCCCAGAGGUCCUCGACUGCCUCAUUGAGCACAAACUGAACCACGACAUGAACCCUAAGUGUGCCGCGGGCGUCGAGCACCACCAGUUGAUAUCUCUGAAAGAGUUUCGAUUCAACCACAAGUUCAAGCAGGCCUGUCAGAAGUCUGUGAUGAGGUUCUGCAAAGACAAGAAUACAAAGUAUGAAGUUGUUACCUGUUUGAGUUCCCACGUGCGGAACGACACAUUGUUGGAUAAAGAUCACCGCAUUGAGAAAGCAUGUCGGCGUCAGCUGCGUGUUGAGGUUCUCAGGAGGGGCGAAAGUAUAAACUUGGAUCCCGAACUGAAAGGAAAGUGUUCGGAAGACAUUCAGAAAUAUUGUGGACAUGUGACUCCUGGAAAUGCUGCUGUAUUGGAAUGUUUGAAGAGCCAUCAACGAAAUCUAAACAAUGUUUGUCACAAACUUUUAUUUAAACGUGAAAAAGAUGAAUUUGCUAUUGGUGAUUAUGGUUUGCUUUCUGCAUGCAAAAGAAUGAUAGAGGAACAUUGUGACCAGACGCAAGAUGAACCUGAGAUUUUGGAAUGCUUGAAGAAACAUAAAAAUGACCAUUUGUUUGACAGCAAGUGCAGACAAGUUAUACUGAGAAGACAGGUUUUACAGAGUCACGAUUACAGAUUAAACCCAUCCCUAAAGAAGGCCUGUGAGAUGGACAUAGGAAAGUUCUGUGCAGUUGUCGUUGAUAAUAACAAAAACGACAUUGAACUGGAGGGCAAGGUCAUUAGCUGUUUGAAAAAGCAAUUUGCAGUGAGGAGACUGACAUUGGAAUGCACGGCUGAAAUAUCACAAGCAGUAGAGGCAGGAGCAGAAGAUAUCCGAAUGGCACCAGUUCUACAGGCUGUGUGUAAAUGGGAGAUUAAAAAGCUGUGCAGUGACGAGAUGUACGAAGGCCGUGACAACGAGCUGGAGAUGAAGGACGCACACGUGGGGGGCGUGGCGGAGUGUUUGAAGACCAUGUUCUACAGCAAGAAGCUCACAAACAAGAAAUGCAUCUCCGAGGUAGCUGCACUGAUACAGGAGGAGGAAAUUGAUAUUAAUGUCGAUCCUAUUCUGAAGCACAGCUGUAUGAAGGACAUUUACAAACUGUGUAAAGAAAUCAACCCAGGAGAAGGCAGACAUAUGUCCUGCUUGUUGUCAGUGUUGGAGCAGGACCCAUCACAGCUGACCAAGGAUUGUCGGAAGAAACUGUCACUCAGACGAGAGAUGUGGGAGUAUGCAGCACAAGUUGCCCCACUGGAAAACUUCAGCGAGCUGUACACGCAGAUCAGUCAGUCACCAGCCAAGAUGUAUCUGCUGAGCAUCAUCUCCGUCGUCAUAUGCAUCAUCUUCAUCGUCGGACUUGGGUGUGGCCGCGUCACAAAGCGAGUCCGCAAAGAGUUGAAAAAUAAGUAAUUUACUGGCUCAGAUCUGCAUAUUAAUUGUGAUAUUUGAAAAAGCUGAUAGUAGCAUUGUCUGCAAAAUCAAACAGAAUUGUUAACGUAUUCUGUUUAAUUUGGCAGACGGCUGUUGGACAUACUGAAGUUAAAAAAGAAAAAAAAGAAAAAAAGAAGAAGAUGAUGAUGAAGAAAAACAAAAGAGUCAUCAGUAUCAAAAUGUUCAUGAAUUUUCUGUGAAUAUUUACUUUAAUAAAGUCUUACUUACUGGUGGUAAUGUAUUGUACGAAGACAGCCAUAUACUGGUAUUUUGAAUUUUCUCUAUAAUGUCUUGGGGUAAUUACAAAUGUAUGUUUCAAAGAUGUAAAAGUACAGCUAAUGCCAGGUGAUAUUUGCACAUUUUAGCAUUAUUGAUUUUUAUAUCUUGGGUGUGUAUUCUGGUAGGUAGUAUCAACGGCUACUAACAAUGAUUACUCUCCACAAACUAAUACUUUUAUAUUGAAACACUUUAUUGAGAACAAUAAAUUUUCACAUUUAUUUUUACAGUGAUUUACCUUUCGCAGUGUAAAGUGCUAUACAUUUUUCUUCUCUUUGAUUACAAGUUUGAAACACUGAGUGCCAAAAUUAACAAAAAAUAAUCUACCACAGUGAGUAAAAUAAGAAUGCAAGAAGGUUAAAGCACUGUGUUGAAAUAGUAAAAUUGGCUGUUUUAAGUUAUUUGUUAUCAAUUCAAACUUACCUUUGGCAAGUUGGCAGCUACUUGAAUGCCAUUUCCAACAUUCCUUCUUGAUGUAGAUAAAUAUUAUUUUGUAGUGUCAUUUUAACUGAUGAGCUUAUAUAAUUUCUUAAUAUUAGGUGUUUUGUUUUAUUGAUCAGUAAUCUAAAUUGUAUCUUGCUUCACAUUUUCAGGGUUUAGGCUGAAGCUCAUAAAAUGUCAAUAAUUCGACAAAUUUCAAUUUCUUUUCAACAUUACCUGUCCUCGACAAGUGCACCUCCCGGCCACGCAAGUGGUCUGGUCCAAACAUACAGUAGAAGAAUUUUAGGUCAUCUCAUUAGCUGUUGGAAUGUUCGGACCAGACCACUUGCAUGGGGGGGGGGGGGGGGGGGACUUGUUGAGGACAGGUAAUGAAUUUAUAAAAGAGAUAAAGUUUUCUCCAGUUUCAUUUAGCUUAAAAGCAACAAUUGUCAAUUGACAGACUAUUUUUGAAUUAGCGUUUUUGGCGAAUAGUAAUGUAAUACAUUUGAGAAAUACAACUUUAAUUUGCAGUGUUUGAAAUAAGCACUUGUCUGUUUGUCUUGACAAGUGAAAAUUUGCUCGGACAAGUAAAAUGUACCUAAAUGGUUGUCCAGUGGACAAGUAAAAAAUUUCAAUGCAGUUUAAUUUUGAGCAUUCAAUAAUACGGUCCUUGUAUUAUUUAUUUUGGACAAGUGAAAAUAUUGCUGGACAAGUUGAUUUCUCUAUGUACUUGUCAGGUGGAUAAAUGAAAAAUUCCGCUUAUUUCUAUCACUGAUUUGCAUUUGGUGAUUUAGCAAUUGACAGCUUAAACCCUGCCUUUUUUUGAAGUACAAAUGAAUGCCCCAAAGAUAACAUAUAAACAAUAUAUUUCUGUAGCAUUAUAGAAAUAAUAGGCCAAAUAAUGAAUGCACAUCAUGAUUAUUAUAAAAACCUUUUAUGCCUUGCAGUGCUUCCUAUCCAGGUAUGCAGCUUCAUUGUUAAAGUUUAUUUUAGCAAAAUGUGCGUGUAGUUUGUUGAUAGCGGUUUUCACACCCUUAUCUUGAGCAUCAUUAAUUAAACGUAAAAAAAUGAGAGAUAUCCUUAUUUGACCCCAUCACUGGGAUAUGAAAUGAAAAUAUUUUGUGAUAAUGUAUUUAUUUUACGAGGUGUUUGUAAAUUAAUGCAAUGCUUAUAGAGUUGGUUGUUUAAGUAUUA